AUGCUCCAGUGGCGGAGCACGAGGCCACCUCAAAUGCAGGAUGCGAUCGAUUACUUUCUAGGCAACUUUGUUCUUAAUGCCGAAAGCCCUGCUAGCCUGAUUUGUAGCGGAAGUGUUGAGACAUUCGAUAUCGUGCCCGUUGAAUUGGGCCCCGGUCGAGCUGUUAUCCAAGUACUUGAUACGCUGACAGCCGGAUUACUCGUGAUUCGUGCUGCUUGUUCGCAAACGAUAGAGGAACGUCAACAGCAACAUGUCAAAUAUUGGAAAGCUAUGAGCGAGUUGAGGGAAAGUCUAUCAUUGUACCCAACUUCGAGAGCCCUCGUUGCGCCUAUAUUUCUGUUUGCACUGUAUGAGAUGAUUGUAAACACAUCAGAGACCGACAUGACCUGGCAAAUCCAUCUGAAUGGAAUGCUUGCUAUGAUGAAACACAAUCAAAAUGCAAGAGGCAGCCGGACAGCCGAAAUGACAAACCUGUCAGCAGCACGACAGUUCGCAGUGGUAGAGAAGACCAGCGACAUCCAGGAGUUCUUUAGCUCAAGGCCUGCAAUGGACAACAUUGAGAAAGCCUGGCUGCUACUCGAUAUUACUAAAGUCCGCCUGAAAAUGCUUGUUACCAUCAUGGACCGCUUCCGUGCCGUUGAAGAUGCCCAGAAUACUACUUCUUUCAAGAAGCUCGAGGUUGAAAAGCUUCGAGUCUCAGUCAAACGUAUCCAGCGAGAUCUCCAUCUAAUUCCUAACUUGCUCCCAAAAGAGUUUCACCCCGUCAAGAUACCACAAAUCACAGGUUGUGAUAUCCCCUCAGGCCUUCCGCCGACAUACAUUGGCUACUACGCAGAGUCAUAUAUAGACAGUUUUCUGUGCACGAAGUGGAAUGAAUAUAGAGCGCUGAUGCUGAUAAUUGGAGACUUUCUGCUGAGAACAGGCCGGUUCUUGUAUUCAGGCACCACCCGGCCGAAUGUAAGAGAGUCUACAGCUCUGACGCGGACGAUAAGAGAAGCUGUUGAAGGUUGGAACAUGCGAAUACCCAAGGCCAUGGCUUUGGCACACACUGGUGUACAAGAACUCACCUAUUCUGAGAUUUUGGCUGGUCUGAUGCUGCUUGGUUCUGGCGUUUUGAGAAGCGUGUAA